AUAGCAUGAUGGCUGGUAGUGGUACGGUUUGGCGUCUAUUCUUUCUGCAGUAAGGUCGACACACUUACGUAUAGCUUGUACAUAUCAAACUCGGUAUAGGAAUACGCAAUAACGUUUAUUGGUUUGUAUCUUCACUUUAGCUUGCCAGUAGCUAACGUUAAUUAAGUUGUGUGCUAACGUUACAGACACGUCGAAGGAAAUGUAACAUUGGCAACUUCUAUCGUUUGUCACUGGUGUGUGUCACUUACCUGCUCAAAACGUCAAUAUUAUAUUACAUUUCUUGAAUCACAUCAUUGAGCUGGAUCACGGCGAUGGAGGGUGACCACGAUGAAAUUAAGGAGCACCUGAGGCUGCAGUUCCAAGCACUACAGGAGCAGCAAGAGAGACGACUCCAGCGAAGGCUUGAUAGGAAGAGGAAGGAUGCGGACAGUAUAACAGCAGAGACUUUGCAAAAUCAGGAGGAACUAAGUCUGACAGGACUGGGCACGGUUCAAAAUAAUGACAUUGACAUAAGACUAGGCCUACUGCAGAAUGAAAAUGAGCUGAUGCAGAACCAGCUCAGAGAGCUCAAAGAUGAAAAUGGAAGACUACACAAAUUAUUGAAUGAGAAAGACUUUGAAAUACAGCACCUAAGAAAAAAGAGGGAGGAAGAGAGGCUUGCACUGGCAGGAACGUCUGGUUUAGCUGGUGAUGCUGCGGCUACCAAGAUCGUGGAGCUGUCAAAAAAGAACAGAGCACUUACAGUUGAAAUCGAGCGAGAAAAAGCAAAGACCAAGCAAAUCAACAACCGAGUCAAGGAGCUGGAGAAGGAGUUGCAGGCUACAUCUCUAAAUGUACCUCAGAUCAAGACAAAUAAAAGUAGCAUGUCAAGAACUACAGAGGAUGUCCAAGAGGCCAGCCCAGUAGUGAGGUCUUUACAAGACAAGCUGUCAGCUGCCCAGUUGAAAAUGACUGAAUAUCGAAAUCAGAUACAAGCUGCCAAGCAAGAUCUGAAAGUAGCCCAAAAGGUUUUAUGCAGUGAGGUGGGUGAAGAUGUGAACAUUCAGCAGUUGCUUAGCAGCCAUAGUAGCUGGAGAGGACGUGCUCAACAGAUACUGGCCUUGCAAAACAAAGUGCGGGAUCUGGAGUUGCAAUUGGGCCUGAGGAAGCAGUUGGGCACCCUGACCCUGGAGGAGGAGAUGCUGGGCCUCAGGGGCCACCAGGGGGCGCUAGAGAAAAACUUCAGCCACAUCCGCUCCAUGGAGAAAGAGAGAAAGGAAACGUUAGAGAGAAUCACUGAGGACUACGCAGCGCUUCUCCGGGACCAAGACGACGUGAAGAAAAAGCUGGAGGCUUCGAAAGCCAGAAACCGUGUGCUCAGCGUGGAGGUGAAGACACUCAAAAACCAGAUCUCCACCCUGGUGGAAAAAGGGAAACACGAUGAUGAACUAGUGGAUGCCUUAUUGAAGCAGCAGGCACAUCUGCAGGCGGUGCUGGGCCGCCUGAGCCAGCAGGACGAGCAGCACACGGAGGCCCAGCAGAGCCUGGGGAAGCAGCUGCGCACUGAGGCCCAGAGACACGGCUCCCUGGUGCAGCAGCUGCAGCACAUGGUCGCCGAGAGGGAGACCAAAGUCAAGGAGCUGGAGCAGGAGAUCCGAGAACUGGCCCUCAAGCAGAAAGGAGAUGUGAGUUCAGAGCUGAAGGCUGCUGUUUCAUCAAGAGGAGAGGGUGUUCACAGAUCAACGUCAGCACGCUCGGUCUCAACACUCGGCCAUAAACUAGUUGAAUCGGCUGCUAGUCUACCAGAAGGUGGCAGUGCUGACAUGAGCUCCUCCCAAACGCCCAACCACUGUCCCAACUGCUCUGCCAGGAUGGGCUCCUUACAGGCCCAGUGUACAGAGUACAAGGCACUCAGCCAGGCGGCCGGCGUGGAAAGAGACAGGCUUUUGGAGCUCGCCAAGGUGCAGCAGAACAGAGAGGAGGAGGUGACGCAGAGGUGUGCGGAGGCGGAGCAGAGGCUCCGUGAGGAGCGCCGGCGGGCCGUGCUCCUGGAGCAGCAGCUGGAGAAGAGCAGGCUCCAUGAUCUGGGGAGAAGCGCCGGCGCCGGCAGCGGCGGCCAGCAGAAGACCCCCAGCAAGGGCCGCACCAGUCUCUCCUCAAGCAGUAUAGGCCUACCAGACAGACAAGACAACCACUCCCCCAGAAGUGCCGCUAACUUGAGCCAGGAGGCCCAAGUCAAUGAGCUAACCAUACAGCUGGCCACUCAGCUGGAGGAGACGGAGUCCCUGAGAGCCGCGCUCAAGAGCACUCUGCAGGCCAAAGAGGACGACCUGCAACUCUACAACAACAUGAUGGGCCAAGUCAAGCAGGUGUUUCUGCAGGCCCUGCGACAGCACAAGCAAGGCACAGGCCACGAGGGCUAGCAAAAUGCUGCGGCGUUCUCCCUCCCAGCGCGCCCAACGGUAGGCAGUCUCCGAAAGGGACAGAGCAGAGUCUCACCACAGGACAGUGUCAGUAGUGAUGUGUGGUAUCUCUUUCCAUGCCUGAUUACAUGCACUUAAGGAACACAAUGAGCAUCCUCUCUGUCACUAUGCAGAGAUUGAGAUUGAAAGACAAUGGGUCUGCUACACGGGCAAGAUUAGACUGCAAAUGUCAGGGAGUGAAAUGUCACUGAGAUAGUGUGCAGGGGCCAGGCUGUCAUGUCAGAGACUUCCAUGGCUGUCAGGUCAGGAGAGAAUGUCAUUUUGCUUGUUCAGAUGGGCUUUUGAAAAACAAAAACAUAAAAAAAGGAAAUACUGUUCAAA